CGUUUCUAGGCGGAGCCUGGUACUGUGAGGAUCAGGCCGUGAUCUCCUGGGGGAGGGGGUCGUCGUCACGGCGCUGGUGGUGACCAGGAGUGGUGCAUGGCAGGAGCAAGCAUUCUCCUGUCUCUGAAACGCGGCCACAGGAAAGUGGAUCGGGAAUAAUGCAGCAUUCCAUGAGGACCAUGGUGUGAGAGGGUGUGCAUCGCCUCCGCUCGGAGUGACAGGAGCCAUCAGACUUUCUCUUUCUCUUUUAGCAUCUUUUUCACCCGUCGCUGUGUUCAACAGUUGAAACAGAGCGUUCCCUCCUCUGCCACCCCAGGCCACACCCCUCUGCCAGACCACACCCCAGGCCACACCCCUCCCCUCCCCUACCCAUUUCUUUGGUUCCUUCUCCUCUUUUCUGUUCCUCUUCUUUUCUUUUUGAAAUUUGGGGGUUUUGCCAAAACCUGUUUCAUGCAUGUCCACUGGGGGCAGGUUCAACUUUGACGAUGGGGGCUCGUACUGUGGCGGGUGGGAGGAAGGGAAGGCCCACGGUCACGGCAUCUGCACGGGCCCCAAGGGCCAGGGCGAGUAUGGUGGAUCCUGGAGGCAGGGCUUCGAGGUGCUGGGCGUCUACACCUGGCCCAGUGGGAACACGUACCAGGGCACCUGGGCACAAGGCAAGCGCCACGGUCUGGGCGUGGAGACCAAGGGCAAGUGGGCAUACAGGGGUGAGUGGACGCACGGAUUUAAGGGCAGAUAUGGAAUUCGGGAGAGUACCGGGACCAGCGGCAAGUACCAGGGAACUUGGACUAAUGGGUUACAGGACGGCUACGGCACGGAGACAUACUCAGACGGAGGUACGUACCAGGGCCAGUGGCUGGGCGGAAUGCGUCAUGGCUACGGUGUGCGGCAGAGUGUCCCGUACGGCAUGGCGGCCGUCAUCCGCUCACCACUGCGCACAUCCAUAAACUCGUUGCGCUCGGAGCAGAGUAAUGGCACGGCCCUGCUGGCGGGUGAGCGUGCAGGCGUGGCAGGCGGCCCAGCCGUGCUGCGCGGGGGCUUCGUGCUGACCGCCCACAGCGAAGUGGAGCUGAUGAAGGCGAGGAAAAAGGGCAUGUUCCGUCGCACUCUGCUCAGCAGCCUGAAGCUCCGCCGUUCCGAGUCCAAGAGCUCGCUGGCCAGCCAGCGCAGCAAGCAGAGCUCCUUCCGCAGCGAGGCCGGCAUGAGCACGGUCAGCUCUGCCGCCUCCGACGUCAACUCCACUGUCAGCCUGGGCGAGGGCGAGGGCGAGCUGGCCGCUGCAGAUGACGACGUGGACGCCACCGCCACCGAGAGCUAUGGCGGAGAAUGGAAGAACGACAAGCGUACCGGCUGCGGUGUGAGCCGGCGUUCCGACGGGCUCUGCUACCAGGGUGAGUGGGCCGGGAACAAACGCCAUGGAUACGGCUGCACCACCUUCCCCGACGGCACCAAGGAGGAGGGCAAGUACAAACAGAACGUGCUGGUCAGCGGAAAACGCAAGAACCUCAUCCCACUGCGUGCAAGUAAGAUCCGAGAGAAGGUGGACCGGGCGGUGGAGGGCGCGGGAAAGGCAGCAGACAUCGCCAAGCAGAAGGCAGAGAUAGCCAUGUCCAGGACGGCGCAUGCCCAGGGGAAGGCGGACGCAGCCGUCACGGCGGCUCAGAAGGCCCAGGAAGAGUGCAGGCUAGCCAGGUUGACAGCCAAGGAGUUCUCCCCAUCCUUCCAGCACCGAGGGAAUGGACUGGACUGGCAGAGGCCCAAACAGCAGCACUCCAGCGAGAACGACGCUGAGAUGGUGUCCAGCGGCACGGCUGACAGCACUGAGCUCUACAUGAAGGGCUCCACGCCACCAGACCUCACGCCCGAUGUGAGCCCAUCCACCAGCCGCCCGUCCACGCCACCAAGAAGCCCCACCUCCAAACCGCCACACCGGCCCAAAAACGCCCGCUUCUUGCGGCAGAGCGCCGUGGACGACGAGCGGGGUGGAGCCUCUGUGAUCCAGGUGCUGCUGGAGGGGCGUGGUGAGGGACGGGCAGGUGGAGUGGGUGGAGGGGGGUACCUGAGGGCAAACACCUGGAACGAGAACACACGCCCCUCACAGCGAGGCAGCAGUCGCUCCAGCACCCCUUCUGUCCAGGACGAGGCUCGAGGUGGGCCAGCCCGCACCAACGGUCACAAGCACUGCUCGUCCAAUCACAAGCCCCGGGAGCAUGGCUCCUCCAAUCACAAGACUUCGCGGGAGAGGUGGGUAGACUGCCAAUCCACAGCCUGGACUUCGCAGCGUGUCCAUGGCGGCAGUUUGCCCCACCCACGCCUGCUAGAGCAGGAUGAGGAGAAACUCAGUAACUACGAGAUGGAGAUGAGGCCACUGCAGCCUAUGGACUCCAACUCCCAGAAGCCUUAUGGACAAGGGGAGGACCAGCACAGGCAUGCAGAGCCCCGUUCACACACACUGCAGAGACGGAGCAAAACCCGAGACCAGGAGAGGGACCGGGAGAGGGAUCGAGUGAGGGAGAAGGAGAAAGAGAAGGAGAGAGAGAGGGAACCCCAGGACACAUCACGGCCCCCAGGGGCCCGGGACAGCCGGGAGAGGCCCAGUCUGGACAGCCUCAGCGUAGGGGGAAAGUUAGAGGCUCGUCCCCUGCGCAGGGACCUCACUCUCUCACCCCCCCAGAAAUCCUCACCCAUUGCACUAGAGCACGACAGUGAGAAUCAGACACUCAAAGCGAACUCGGGCUCCAGCUCGGUUCUGGUUGUCAUGGUGAUUUUGCUCAACAUUGGAGUCGCCAUUUUGUUUAUUCACUUUUUUAUUUAAGAUGUUAUUCCUGCUAGUUCAUCUUAUGUAUCAGUGCUAUUGUAUAAAUCAGUUGGGAGUGAUAUCUGGGCCCUGGGAUUACACAACAAGUCAAAGGAUAACAGAAGGCUCCGGAAGUGAAUUUCCAAACAGCUAAACUUGGUCUCAGAAGUUCUCUCUGUAACAUCUCUGCUUCCCUUAAGAGCUUUUCUUCUUAUUUGAACCUGUCAAAUACUGAGCUGAAAACAUCCUUUCCAACUUAUAGCUUCAACUGAAUUAUUAUUAUUCAUGUAUUUCUGAUAUACCUUCUAGUCACUUAUUUGCCCUUUUGUUGUUCUUGACCAUCUGUUUGUAUUCUUGCCUGGGCAUUGAACUCAUGAAUGGUGUUAAUGAGAGAGGGUGUGUGAAGGCAAUGUAUGUGAAGACAUCAUGCCAAAAGGAUAAUAAAUGCCCCCUACACACACACACACACACACACACACACACACACACACACACACACACACACA